AUGGCCCCGUCUCGCGGAGGAUUGACGAUGUUUGAUGCUGAGAUCCCGGAGGACGCGGUGUUGAUGUGCCGAGUCCCAGUGUACGGAACGAAGAUGCUGGACGAGGAGCUUGCCGCUAUGGUGUGCACUCAUGUGGAUGACCUGCCCUUCGCCUACACGGACGAAGGCAAGGAGGCCGUAGAUGCUAUCCUCAACCGUUUUUCGGUUGGGAAGAUUGAGGAAGGUUCGUUUCGCUACUGUGGUCGCCGCUUUUCCCAGGAUGAUGAUCACACAAUUCAUGUGGACGUCCGAGACAACACCCGGAACUUGAAACCAGCUGCAAUUGGAAAAGAUCGAAGGAUGAAUGACCCCCUGGCCCAGGAGGAAUUGACUUCUCUCCGAAGUGUCGUUGGGGGACUGGCAUGGGUGAGCCGAUAUGGACGGCCAGAUCUUGCUUACCGCGUAGAUGAAUUCCAACGUUGUUGCCAUUCCAAAAUCACAGUUCAAACGCCAAUCGAGUUGUGGAACUCGCUUUGCAGAGAAGCUUACGCCUUGCAGGGAUCAAUUGAGUCUGGAGACAAGCUACGUGCUUUGCUUUGUGAACUGUCUGGCCGUUUGAAAUCAUUCAAAGAAUGGUAUGAACAGAGCCAACGCGCGAUGUUGCAUCUGUACUUCACAGAUUGCCGCGCCCUGAGUGACCACUUGUCUUGCGAGGUUGCCCGCAAGGUGCAAGACAAGCGCUUGGGAAUUGAGCUUUCCGCGCUGAGACAAGCUCUGUGGAUCAAUGGUGAGAAGACAUGUGAGAUUUAUCGCCCAGCAGGAGAUGAGAUCGAAUGGAUUGAUAUUGGCAGACAGUUGGCAGACUGUUUGAUCAAGAGCAUGAAGCCUGACUUUCUUGUCAGAGUGCUCGCUGAGGGGUACAUUAAUGUGAAGAAGCCGAGCUGGGAGACUUGGAAGUGUAUAGAUAUUGGAAUAUAA